CCACUCCCACUCCAGCUCCGUCUAGCCCAGUCUGAGCCUGGCUGACACUUGGGCUCCUCUGCCGGAUCACCCAGGACCAAAAGCUUCAAUACACAACUUCUAAUAAAUAACCAGUGAUUGGAGGAGGUCCAAAGCGCACUAAAGAAAUGAGGAGUCAGACUGUGCUCGUGUCUGCGGCUCUGCUGGCCCUGUGCUGCCUGCUGACCCCUAAGCGAGGGGAGAGCGCCGGGGGGAUCGUUUCCCUCUUGCAGGGCGAAGGAGACAAGCAAGAAGGGGAUCUGGUUAAGGAUGAGCCUCAAGGUGAGGUAGGCCGAGCCAGUGAGACCACAGCGGAGGCCGGUCGUUUAAGCAGAGUCAAGAGAGCACCAGAGGAGGGAAAAAAGAAGAAAAAGGACAAGAAAAAGAACAAAGAGCCUAAAGACCCUCGUGCCACAAAGAGGCCCAAAAGUGAGAAGAAGGGGCGGAAGAAGGACAGACAAACAACAACCACAACGCUUCCGCCCACCACAACAGUGCUCCCAACAGAACCGCCCACAGAGCCUGAGCCUUACACAGACUACGCUUACCCCGACGUUGAUAACGAUUACUGGCAACCAGAUGAAGACUACUGGGACGCCGAUCCCACUCCAUCAAAGCCAGAAUCAGAGAUCACAGACCCGCCGUACGACGACUGGAAGCCAGAAGAAGAAGAUCCAGUCGCUUCGGUGACAGAAGAUUAUGGUGUUGACUGGAACCCAGAAGAGAAGGAGCCGUCGCCUCCAGAAACAGAUACCGAUAAAGAGUACUGGAAACCAGACGAAAAAGACCCAUACAAUCCAGUGACGGACACUGAUGAAGAGUAUUGGAAACCGGAAGAAAAAGAUCCAUACAAUCCAGUGACGGACACCGAUGAAGAGUAUUGGAAACCGGAAGAAAAAGAUCCAUACAAUCCAGUGACGAACAUUGACGAAGAGUAUUCGAAACCGGAAGAAAAAGAUCCAUACAAUCCAGAGACAGACAUUGAUGAAGUUUGGAAACCAGAAGACAAAGACCCAUACACUCCAGUGACAGACACAGAAGAAGAAUAUUGGAAACCGGAAGACAAAGAACCGUCUCUUCCAGAUACGGAUGACUAUGACAUCUACUGGAAAGAAGUUGAUCCAACAUCCUCUGCACCGACGGUUGAUAAGAAGACUGCGACGGAUGACGGUGAUUACUGGGAUUCCACAUUUGAGGUGCCAGAAAAAGUUCCAUUUCCAGAUGGCGAAGAAGAAGUCAAUCCUGAAAUCGAAGUAGAAACUCUAACAGAAGAGCCUACAAGCAGUCCACCCUAUGAGGAGACGUGGUAUGACGAGUACGAUGAGUACGGGAUGAGGAGAAAAGGUGAAACUGAUGACAAAUGGAUGGAGAAAGAAAGAGAGCGAGCACAAAAAGAAAGAGAAAGGGAAGAGAAAGAGAGAGCGCAGAGACUGAAGGAGGCCGAAGAGCGUGCCAAGAACAGACCACGUGUCUAUAAAGAGCCAAAGAAAUGUCCUCCCCUGGGCAUGGAGUCCCACAGGAUCGAACCAGAUCAGCUUACCGCUUCCUCUGUGUCUCAAUAUGACUUUUCCCCUCAGAAGGCACGCCUCAACAUGCAGGGUUCUGAUGAUGAAGAUAAAGCUCAAGGUGGAGCAUGGUGUGCCAACACAGACGACAAAAAUCACUGGUUUGAGAUCGACACUCGCAGAGAAACCGAGUUCACUGCAGUCAUAACUCAGGGUCGGGACUCUCUAAACGAGAGUGACUUCAUGACGUCAUACUUCCUGGCUUUCAGCAAUGAUAGCAGGGAGUGGACCACUAUCCAUGAUGGAUACGCCGACUGGCUGUUCUUUGGAAACAGUGAUAAGGACACUCCAGUAAUGAACCAGCUCGCAGAGCCAGUAGUGGCCCGUUACAUCAGAAUCAUUCCUCAAAGCUGGAAUGGCACUCUGUGUAUGAGACUGGAGGUUCUAGGCUGCCCUUUGCCUGAUCCAGAUGUUGUCCAGUACAGGCAAAAUGAAGUCACUCCAGUGGAUUACCUGAAGUUUAAGCACCACAGCUACUCAGAAAUGGUGGCACUAAUAAAGUCAGUGCACGAAGAGUGUCCCAAUAUCACCAGCGUCUACAGCCUGGGCCGCAGCUCCAAAGGACUAGACAUCAUGGCCAUCGUAAUCUCUGGCAAUCCCACAGAGCACGAAAUAGGUGAGCCAGAGUUCCGCUUUACAGCAGGUCUUCAUGGUAACGAGGCAGUGGGCCGGGAAAUGAUACUGCUUCUUAUGCAGUACUUGUGCAAGGAAUACAGAGACCGAAACCCUCGAGCUCAGCGGCUGGUGGAUGGGAUACGCAUCCACUUGGUGCCUUCGCUCAACCCUGAUGGACACGAAGAAGCAUUUGAAGCAGGCUCAGAACUAAGUGGAUGGGCCACCGGCCACUUCACCAACGAGGGAUUUGACAUUUUCCAAAACUUUCCUGAUCUUAACAGCAUACUGUGGGAUACAGAAGAUAGAGGCAUGGUGCCCAAACUAGCCCCCAACCACCACAUUGCCAUACCUGACAACAUAAUGUCCAACAGCUCGAUUGCUGUAGAGACCAGGGCCAUUAUUUCUUGGAUGGAAAGCCACCCGUUUGUGAUGGGUGCAAACUUCCAGGGCGGCGAGUCAUUUGUGGCGUAUCCCUAUGACAGUUUACGUCUCAACAAGCCUGCUGAAGACAAGCCGCACAGCCGCAAGAAGAGACAGUAUGAAGAGGAGGGCUUUGAUGUGACAGAGUGGGGACACGGAUACCACGAGGAGCCGGAUCAAGACCGAGGUUAUCCAGAGCGUGAGGAGUGGGGGGGUCACGGCUACAGCCAGGGCUACGACCAGGGCCAGGGCUAUGACCAAGGUCAGGGCUAUGAUCACAACCAAGGCUAUGACCACAACCAGGGCUAUGAUCACGGUCAAGGUUACGACCAUGGACAUGGCUAUGACCACAACCAAGGAUAUGACCAUGGCUAUGAUCCCAGCUACAACCAGGGUUAUGGUCACAGGGAGGAAGAAGAGGAUGACAGAGAGCGAAGUGGAGGCUACCGUUAUGCUGAGCCUGAAGAUGAUUUGCGAGAGAUCCCAGAUGAAUCCCUCUUUAGAUGGUUAGCCGUGUCCUACGCCUCCACACAUCUGACCAUGACACACAACUACCACGGGUCCUGCCAUGGGGACAUCACGUCAGGAGCACAUGGCAUCGUCAACCGGGCUAAAUGGAAGCCAGUCACAGGAAGCAUGAAUGACUUUAGCUACUUGCACACCAACUGCUUGGAGCUGUCCAUUUUCCUGGGCUGUGAUAAAUUUCCUCAUGAGACGGAGCUUCAGCGCGAGUGGGAAAAGAACAGGGAGGCCAUGCUUAUCUUCAUGGAGCAGGUUCAUCGUGGCAUUCGAGGCAUAGUAAAGGAUCAGCAGGGCAAUCCUAUUGCAAACGCUACUGUGUCUGUAGAAGGGAUAAACCAUGACGUCACUACGGCACCAACUGGUGACUACUGGAGGCUACUAAACCCUGGAGAGUACCGUGUGACGGCAAAAGCUGAUGGCUUCUCUUCACUGACCAAACUGUGCGUAGUGGGUUACCAGGCGGGAGCAACCACCUGCAGCUUCAACUUGGCGAAAUCCAACUGGGACCGCAUUAAACAGAUUUUGGCGCUCCAUGGCAACAAACCAAUUCGCCUGGUCAGCCAUGGCAACACUAGAGUCCCACCCCCCAUAGUUGUCAAUGGCAAUGGACGCGUGAUUAAUGGCAACAAUGGGAACUCACCAGAUUCACAAAAGAGCAAAGAACAGCAAAGGAGACUCAAAAUUGCUCGUAUUCGCCGUCUGCGGCAGCAGAGGUUACUGAAGUUAAAAUCAACAACAACAACAACGACCACCACCUUACCACCAACAACCACUACAAUUCCCACAACGCCAGAGAUAACCACACCCUGGUAUGACUCGUGGCUAUUAGAGGAGGGACAAUCAUCAGUACCUGAAGGCUUCACAGACUCCACUCUGGAUUACAACUAUGAGUACAAGAUUGAUGACUAUUAAAGCACUCACUGCACUCGUCAUCGUCAUAUUCUGAGCUACAACAAUCCAGAAAGCGAGCUCAACCAAGCAGCACAGUUUGGAAUAGAAAGCCCUGAUCUGUUCUGUUUACUCUUACCAUGGGGUUUGCAGGCAGGAUGAUGAGGACUAUCAGCUAAAACAACAGUGCGACUUAUUAAUGAAACAGAGUAUGUACAUGACUCGGUCCGGCGCCAUAAAAGAGAACAGCUGGUAAAAGUCUUAUACCAAAGUAUGAUGAAAAUAUUUCCAACUCUAUGUUCAACCUACGACCCACCAUUCCACACUAUGGUAACAGUUGGUAUUAAACCUUAGAAAAUGGAAAAAAGAAAAAAGACUGUACAAUACCAAAGUGACAAACUGUACUGCUUGGUAGGAAUUUGGCUUUUGUGUCUAUUGUAAAACAAAGUUGGGUCAUGUCUGUAACUUACUUUAACCUUGUUAAUUAUAUACUGUUACACUUGAAAAUAUGAUCCUUCACUGACAUUAACCAUCUUUAUCAGUUGGAUUGUUCAUGCUGGAUCUUUGACACAAUAUUAAAGCUUUUUAUACAUGAAUUUUGUUGUAGAUGCACAAUAAAAAAACAAUUUGUUUUUACACCACAUGUAACUCUUUACUCCGUUUUCACCCAUGAAAAAUAUACUUUAUAUGAAAUGAAGUCUGACAGUGUUUCUUCAUACAUGUGUGAGAAAUUAAGUUUCAAAUAAAGGUCAAUUUUAAUAACCUUGAAA